AGAAAGACGCCUCAAAGCAAAAUUCAAACAAUCCAAGCAACGAUCAACUUAAGCUGUACUAGUUUUACAAAAUAACAAAAGUCAAAAGAAAAACGAAAAAUACAAUAAGCGAAAAGUGUCACAAAGCAGCAGGUUUAAGAAAAUAUGACUGAGCAAACAAAUAUAAAAGUGGUGGUGCGCGUGCGCCCCUACAAUCAGCGGGAAAGGGAGCACAAUCAGAGGUGCAUAAUAAAAGUGAUGGACGCAUCCUCCUUGCUGUUCGAUCCCGAUGAGGACGACGACGAGUUCUUCUUCCAGGGCGCGAAGCAGCAGUACAGAGAUAUCUCAAAGCGUACAAACAAAAAGCUCACAAUGGAAUUCGAUCGCGUCUACGACACGGAUCACAACAAUGAGAACAUGUUCAUGGAGUGCACAGCGCCGCUGGUCGACGCCGUACUCGAUGGGUACAAUUGCUCGGUGUUUGUGUACGGGGCGACAGGUGCUGGCAAAACAUUCACAAUGCUGGGCAGUGAGAAUUGUCCGGGCCUCACUUUCCUGACGAUGCGUGAUCUCUUCGAUAAGAUCCAGGAGCAACAGGAGACACGCAAAUUCGAUGUGGGCGUCAGCUAUUUGGAGGUGUACAACGAACAAGUUAUGAAUCUGUUGACGAAAUCAGGUCCGUUGAAACUGCGCGAGGAUGCGAAUGGUGUGGUGGUCAGUGGAUUGGUUUUGACACCCAUCGACAGUGCCGAGGAUCUGCUGCGCAUGCUCACGUUGGGCAAUUCGCAUCGCACCCAGCAUCCGACAGACGCCAACUCGGAGAGUUCGCGUUCACAUGCCAUUUUCCAAGUGCACAUACGGAUUACGGACCGCAAGACGGGCAACAAGCGCAGCGUGAAGCUCUCUAUGAUUGAUUUGGCGGGCAGCGAACGUGCCUCCAGCACCAAGGGACUGGGCAUGCGCUUCAAGGAGGGCGCCAGCAUCAACAAGAGCCUCUUGGCGCUGGGCAAUUGCAUCAACAAGCUGGCCGAUGGCCUCAAGCAUAUACCGUAUCGCGACUCGAAUCUGACACGCAUCUUGAAAGACUCACUGGGCGGCAAUUGUCGCACCCUGAUGGUGGCCAAUGUGUCCAUGAGCUCGCUCACCUACGAGGACACCUACAACACUCUAAAGUAUGCCAGUCGCGCCAAGAAGAUACGAACCGUGCUGCGGCAGAAUGUGCUCAAGUCCAAUAUGCCCAAGGAGUUCUAUGUGAAGAAGGUCAACGAACUGAUGGCUGAACAGGACCGUCUCCUGCUCUACAACAAGGGACUUGAGGCCAAGUUGGCCCAAUUGGAGCGAUCCGGUGGCAGUGACAACGGCUACGAUCCGCAGGAGCUGAAGCCAUGGUACAGCAAGAUCGAUGCAGUCUACGCCAGUGUCAUAAAGCUGCAGCAGUGUGUCAUUGGGAUACGCAGCAAAGUCCAGAGCCUGAGUUAUCGGCAAACGCUCAAAAAAGAUUUCGAGCAGCUGCGCAAAAUGUUGACGCUGGACCAACGUCUGCUACAGGAUGACUAUAUGCUGUUCACGAACUAUUUAAGCGCAUUGAACGUAAGAAAUCAGAAAUAUACCGAUGAGCUGCCAAGGUGGCGCAGCAAGCUGGAGGUGGCCUGCAUCAGCCUGAAGAAAUUGAAGCUGGAGGUGAAGGAGUCGAAACACCAGCAUAUUCUCAACUUGUACAUCAGCAACAAGGACUUGGAGGUGCAGUUGUCCAAGCAGCAGAUAAACAGCAAUCAUUUGACCGGCAUCAACAACGAGCAGGCGGAGAAUGCCAGUCUCUUGCGCAAGUCCCUGUCCAUGGCCUGCGAGGGAUUACACCAACUCUACAGUCGUCUGGAGGAGACGCAAAAACUGACGCCCGAAAUACAGAGUGUAUAUGAGCGGCUGGAGCGCAGGAUGCGCUUCACCGAAGCGGAAACGGCGACUUUGACGCAGGACACCGAUUUGGAUACACUGCUCGCCGAGCAGCACGAGCCGGAGCCAUUAACACUGGCCAGCAGCAGCGGUAGGAAACGGAAAUGUGAUCGUCGCUACACGCACACAGUGUCCAACAGCGAAUUUGUGCUGCAUCUGGGCGUGGAUAGCUUCGAGGACACCGACUCCGACUCUGACUUGGACCCAACUGACGACAGCCAGCAGCAGAUGUUUAAGAAACCAUGUAAUCUGAACGUAACCCAAGUGGUUCCCAGCAACAAAAGCGCCCAGCACAAAGCACUGACGGCGACAGUCACAAAAUCGCGACCCAUCAAUCAUCGCAUGAUGUCCGACAUGCUUUCUGAUCAGAAUGUCGCCGGUUCUGCGAACAAGGAGAAGCUGAAGCAAGCUAUGCUCAAGUCCAGCAAGUUUACGACGCAAGGAUUGCAGCGCACCUGCGCAGCGGCGAUACAAAAGGAGAACUUAAAGUAUACCACAAACUGUGUGCGGAAAAGUCCACGAGCCCUAAUCGCAAAGACACUUGCCGGCGCGACGGCAACGAUGCGAAAGCCGAUCUCCCGUCUGGCCGGAACGAUUGGAUCUGGCGCAAAGGAUGCGCCAGUAGUCAGGAUAAAUCGAGCCGCUUCGUUUCGCGUCAAAAAAUCAUAAAUUACUUUUCAUUUAUUUAAAGCGUUUCUAUUUUAUUUCGUUUAUUUUGUACCGCCCGAAACGAUUUGAACAGUUUUAACAGUUUAACUUCAGUAUAAAUAUAAUUUAACCCACAUAUAAACAUAUAUAUAUAUAUAUUCUGUAAGAUCUUUUACUCUAAGUAACGCGCUUAGCUCUAAAAAUACAUAUCCGUCUCCUUGCCAGCACCCAA